GCACCUUCAGAAGAAAUUUACCCCAAACCAAAGUUUUMAAGUUAACAGAAGUGGCCUAGAGCAGACGUUGUGACUAUACUACCUUGUUCAAUUCAGGAGAUGUUGUCGGUCAGCGGUAACCUGGGAGAUCACGUGUUCCAGACAAGACAUGCAGGUGAGCGAGUUAACCAGCUUGGUGGAAGCUACAGAAAUGGCAAACCACUGUCCUCAGAACUCCGUCAAAAAGUGAUCAAAAUGUCCAUGAGUGGAAUCCGACCUUGUGAAAUAAGMCGUCGUCUCAAAAUAACUCAUGGCUGUAUCAGCAAGCUGUUGUCCAAGUUCUACAAAACAGGGUCUUUGAAUCCUGGUCAUGGAACAGCAGGUCGACCUCGAGUUAUCACACCAAGAAUAGAGCAACAUAUUGAAAGGUUUAGGAAGGAACAGCCUGGGAUUUUCUCCUGGGAGAUACGUGAACGGCUUUUACGUGAGGGCGUGUGUGACCAGUCCAAUUUACCAUCACUUAGCUCAAUAAGUCGGCUGGUGAAGAAUAAAAUUAAACAAAAAGCGGAGUCAUCAGCAAGUGGGUCCAAAUGCUCUUUAAGUUUUUCUAUCAGUAACAUUCUAAGUAAUGACUUUCACAAGCCUGCAAAGACGUCGAUGCGUUGCUAUAGAGACUAUAAUACAUGGCCAGGACAUGAAUACCAUAUACGUCACAGGGAAGAUUUACAUAUAAGAGAAGCGGGAACAUCAAUAUUGAAUUAUAACGAAAGUUAUAAAACUUCGAAGUGCCCAGGUGAACACAUCUCCCACAGGGAACCCAGUCGGAUAUCUGACAGCAGGAAAAGGCGAAUCCGAUUCUCUGAUAGCCAGAUAAACUUCAUGAGAACAGCAUAUGAAAACAAUCCGUAUCCAUCGCAUGAGGAAAGGCAUGGGUUAUCGAAGCUUAUGGGUGUCGACGAGGCAAGAAUUCAGGUAUGGUUCUCAAACCGACGCGCCAAAGAAAAGAGAAACCAGCCUGAUACAGAGAUUGACUGUGUCACACAACACACCUCGUUAGUGGGCGAUUCUGGUCCUCCAUUUCUGUACUGUGGACACUGCUUUAAACAGCCUACUAUGCUAUCAACGUCAAACUAUGGUCCAUCAAGGCUUUUCUUUCCACCGGGUUAUAACAGACCAAGUGGAUAAUACGCUUACAUAAAGAUAUAGCGUAAAACGCAAGCUAUUGCGUUAACUUUGAAAUAUGUCUUACGUAAAAAUAUAACUUUUAAGUUUAAAAAAGGAAUUUCUAAACAAAGGCCUUAACAUAAUGAAGGAAUAGCCUUGAGUAAGGAAAUAUAACGUUAAAUAACAUCAGAGCUAAUCAUGCGUUCACUAUAUAGGAAGACCCUGGCUAAAAUAACUUAAACUUGCAACUUUAUUUCAAUAUAAUAGACCUUUAUUACAAUAAUACCUAAGACAUAUGAAAACGAAACGACGUGCCGAGGAAUUGUUCUUUGCAAAAGUACGUAGUCUUUAAAAUUCAUUCUCUUUUAUAUAAAAAAGCGGGCAAGUUAUAAUGUUUCGAAGAGAGUUUUUUUCUGGCGAAAGACCCUUCGAAUAAAUCAGGAAAAAUUCACAACCUGCUUCUCAAGAACUAUAACUUUCUUUAAUUUCUAUUUCUCCUAGUUCCAAGCUGUCCACAUAUUAAUAUCAUUCUCUUUAAACAAUAGAGUAGUUUGAACUGAGGGCUUUUAUGCUGUGACAGUUGCCCGCGGAAUCUAGAUGUUCCGAAAAACAAAUACUCGCCAGAGAGAGCAGUUCGAGGCGCUUUAAUGAACAUCGAUUUUUCAAGGUAACUAUCACAGCAAAACAACAAAGUUUUCUGAAGCGAUGUGAUCUAUAUGCACUGACAGUAGACCUGCGCAGCGGGCACUAUGGCGUCACGUGGUCGACUCUCGACCCAAUAAGAUCGGAGGCCAAAAAAUCCUGUCCUCUGACAUUUUGCUUCGUGUCAGGCUAGUUAAGCAGCAAUUGUUUUUGAGCCAAUUAGAUGUUAUUUUAACAUACCGUUUGCCAUUAAACUUGCUUACAGACUUACCUUAUACUUAAUGCACCAAUACACCAGUUUUUGAUCAAUUAUAGAAAUAAAAUGCCAUAUUAAA